CAAAAUGUUUUCACCUUCUCGUCUUCACUCUCCUGAUCCAUCACCACUCCAUCAAUGGCCGCAUCCUCCAUUGUUUCCUGCAACUAUCUCCUCCACAAACGCCCCCUCAAAUUACCCCCAAUUUCUUCCAAACAUCCCCACAACGCAAACCCACCAAACCCAUCUCUCAAAUCUUCCAAAAUGUCCCAAAUUUCUGCCCCAAUUUCAGCUCAGGGGUCUCAGUGCAGGCUUUUGCAACUGGGUGGCCAAAGAAGUCACUCCAAUCGGAUCGUUUUGGUGAAAUCUGGGGGCUCGGAUAGUAGUAUUACGACUAAUAUUAUAAACACUGUAUUGGGAGUAGGACAUUUGGUUGUGUCACUCGGGAUCAUACUUGCAGCAGAUAAGUACUUGAAACAGGCUUUUGUUUCGGCGGCAAUUAAGUUUCCAAGUGCUCUGUUUGGGAUGUUUUGCAUAUUCACGGUUCUUGUGAUUCUCGAUGUCACUGUUCCGGCAGCUGCUAAUGGUUUGAUGAACUUUUUCGAACCUGCACUCUUGUUCAUCCAACGAUGGCUGCCUUUGUUUUAUGUCCCGUCGUUGGUAAUUUUGCCUCUUGCUGUUCAAGAUGUACCUGCAGCUUCCGGGAUCAAAAUCUGCGCCAUUUUAGUUGGAGGGUGGCUAGCUUCAUGUGCAGCUGCAGGAUAUUCAGCUAUAGCCGUUAGAAAAAUGGUGAAAACCGAAAUGGUUCCCGCUGAACCUAUGGCAAAACCGUCACCUUUCUCUUCACUGGAGUUGGUUGCAUGGAGUUUGAUUUCCGUUGCAUCGUUUGUUGCAGCCCUUAAGUACCCUGAAUUACUUGGAACAAAUGCUAGAACAUGUUUGCCGUUCUUGCUAGGAUCCACUGUGAUAGGCUACAUAGUUGGUACUGGGUUGCCAGCUGGUUUGAGGAAGGUGUUUCACCCAAUCAUCUGUUGCGCACUGGCGGCAGAUCUUGCGGCGUUUGCUUUUGGAUAUUUUUCAAAGGCUGGAUUUUAUCCAAUUCUUGGAUAUUACCUUACAAAAGUCUCAUCGAACCCCGGAGCCGGUGACAUUUUGAUGGGGUUUUUGGGAUCCGUUAUCCUGUCGUUCGCCUUCUCGAUGUUCAAACAACGAAAGCUUGUUAAACGUCAUGCGGCUGAGAUCUUCACAUCAAUCACCAUAGCAACGUUAUUCUCUUUAUAUUCGACUGCGUUUAUGGGCCGGCUUGUUGGGUUAGAACCGACUUUAACCAUAUCGAUUCUUCCUAGAUGCAUUACUGUCGCACUUGCACUCAGCAUCGUGUCACUUUUCGAAGGGGCCAAUUCAUCACUGACUGCUGCUGCUGUCGUAUUGACUGGCCUAAUUGGAGCAAACUUUGUUCAAGCGGUACUUGAUACGCUCAAAUUUGACGAUCCUAUUGCUCGUGGAAUCGCAACUGCGUCUAGUGCACAUGGAUUGGGAACUGCUGCAUUAUCGGCAAAAGAACCUGAGGCCCUGCCGUUUUGUGCCAUAGCAUACGGUCUAACAGGUAUUUUUGGUUCACUAGUUUGCUCGGUUCCGCUUGUCCGACAGAGCUUGCUUGCCAUCAUUGGCUGAAAAAAGUCAGGUCCUUUUUCUUGUAUCUUUUUCAAUUUCUGUAAAAGGUCAAAGUGUAUUGCAUUUGAUUUCAUUUAUUCUCUGAUAUCAAAUUCUUUUUGUAUAUUACUCCUUGAGUUAUGGUAUUGUUGUUCAUAAAGCACCAAUCGUUUAUUAAAAGUCGAUUGAUGUA